UUAAAAGUGACCGAGUUUUGAGCUUGUGCUCCUGGUGGCGCAAUGUAGCAUUUGGGCGCGCCCCAAAUUUCACAUUUCAAAAGGGUAAGGCGGGUCAAAUGCCCCCCCCCGCCCACUCCCUCACCUUUCUAAACUCAAUUUCCCGCUCCUCUUCCUCUCUUCUUCAACACUCGUUUCACUCUUCACACGCAUCACGAUUCGAGCGUCUCAACAAAUAUUGCAUUCUCAAUAUCUCUGCAGCAGGAACAGCAGCCCUUCUCCCAAAAAUUCUCCAAGUGUCAUCUGUCUUCCACAAGGGUGCUGACGAUUUGUUGAGGCUCGGGAGAUCUGUGAUGUGGGUUUCUGGAAUUAAGUGUUGAAGUGGUGAAGAAUGGGUUAUAAGCUUAGAUUGUGAAUUUUAAUGAUGGCUGAAGAGAAUGCUUCUGGUACAUCGAGAUCCGUUUUAGGUGAUCUCACGAACCGGAUUGGUAAAAGGGGGGUUUCUGGGAGAGAGAAAAAUGGAAUCACUAGUUUUGAUUGCAAUGAUAGAGAUUUAGUCAAGCGCAUUCGUGCCGCACCACGCCCGUGCACUGAGAUUAAUUCCUUGAAAGGGAAUAUUAUACGUGGUAUUUCAAAAAUACCCAAUGAAAAUAGGGACCCCAAUGUUUCAAGGAGCUCAGUUGAUGUCGAUACUGAUUGUAUCGAUAGUCACUGUUUAAAGGGGAAGAAUGUUGCAACGGGUAACUUGAAAGUUCAUGGUGGAGAUAAGGAUAUCAAGAUUUUGGAUAUUAGUGGAGGGUGUGUUGUUUCUCGAAGUGUUGAUGAAUUGGACGUAGUUGAUAAUGACUUGGUAGAUAAUAGAGUCGAGAUUGAUCAUCCCGAGGAUGAUGAUUUGCGGAGGGUGGAUAAAAUAGCUGGUCAGGAUUCUGUGGAUGCUAAUUUUAUGGACCUUGGGGGGAGAAGAACUGUGAAUUCUAUCUCCACCGAAGCUGAUGGCUGUGGGCAGUUAGAUUGUUUGCAGGAGAAUAUGAUCUUGGAAAUGGCUGAAGUUGUCAAUGAAAAUAAGUUCCCCAGUCUUGAACAUUCGGUUGAUAAAUAUUCAGUCAACCUUACGAAAAUAGGUGGUGGUGAAUUUGAGCUGGGCAGUUCAAAAGUAUCUGAUGAAGAAAAUGAGCCCAAUUUGUUAGAUCCUGGAAGUGGCGAUGCUGUUCAAUGUAUUAACGUUGAAGCUAAUGAUGAGUUAGGUGACAGUUUGCAUGCUGACACUUCAAGGACAGUGAGUGAAACUGGUGGUGAUUGUCCUCAUGAUGGCAAAGAUUGUAAUGCUGAUGAAGUGAAUGCAAGUCCGGAAGGCACGCAAACUGACGUUAGUUCCUAUAACAAUGACUUGGAUGAUCAGAAUGCUGAUAAUUUUGUCUUGAGCCAGUCUGGCUCUAUUGACUGCACAAUUCUUCCUGACUCACAAGAAUCUAGAGUAUUUGGAGUAGAUAGAGCUGCCAAACUGAAGAAGGUGGACGAAUGUGCUCAUAUGAAUGGAGGACCGGAUUCAAUCAGAGCUUGUCCUUGUUCUUUUUGCACAAAAGCUGCAUAUAUAUGGUUGGAUCUUCAUCAGCAGGAUAUCAAGGCUCGAAUGUCAGCAAUCAAAAAGAGCCAGAAAGAAGCAAUCAUAUUGGCUGAAAGAAGUUGCAGGAAUAUGGUAACAGAUAAACAUGGCACAGAAAGCUCCAGUAGAGUUUCUAAGUUGGAAUCACAUCUGACAUACCAGUGGAGAUCCCUCUUUCAGCACAUGGCAGACAUAUGGGAAGAGGAGGGUAAUAAGCUUGAAGCUAGUCUACUACCACUAGCUGAGCUGAGAGAAAAAUGCAAAACAGACUUAGAGUUGCUUAAUACUAAGCUGUCAGACAAGCCUUAAGGUUGCUAUGGAUGCUUGUAAUGUCUGUAAGAUGAAUUAAUUUUAUUCCCAUGUAAGUCAUUAAUUGAUUAUGUCCGAAAUUUCCUUCAUUAUGGUAGUUUCAGAUGGGUAAAUUAUCUACAAUGCAGUAUCUAUUCUUCCUGUUGUUACAGUUCGUCCCAGAAAAUCAAGGCACUUGAUCAGAUUCAUGAAUCCUCAUCUGGCUGUUUAUUCCUUUGAAUAGAAGCCGUUCAGUUCUCUUUCCUCUCCUAUUAUGUGCACCAAGAUAUUCUUAUAGAUAUAUUUAUCACCACUGAUUGUAUGCAGUCCAGCAUGCUUACAAGGAAUUUCGGGAAUAUUCCAAACCAUGCAAUUACAUGUUUUACCCUUCAACUUCACAAUGUAGUUAACAUUUUGAUCAUGCACCUCAAACUCAAAAUCCCCAGC